AUGACUUGGACCGUGUUCACCUUCGCCCUGGCCAUAACCUUGGUCAAGGCAGGUUCAGUGACCCCCCUGACCCCGCAAGAAGAUGCUCUGGCAAGGUUCGAAAGUCAACUGGCGAGAUCGCUGGAGGAGGUCAAUGCCAAAGACUCCAUCGGCAUUUUCGGCGACAUGGUCACUUUGGAGAAGGUUCCUGUCAAGAGUGACGGGGAAAUUGCUGAUCCUGAAAAGGAUCCUUUGAUCAGAAAGGUCGAGGACUUCUUCAGGAGUCGCAGGAUUCGAGUCAGUCUUCCCGAUGAUGGGUCCUCUGCCGAUCUCUUAGGCAGGGCCCUCGGAGAAAAGGACUUCGAGGUCGAACUCGGAGGACUCGCGAGAGGCGCUUCUGAAGCUCGCACCAAGCUGAAGAGAAUUAUUCUGCCGGUGCUGUUGGCCCUGAAGUUGAAGGCAUUGAUCGUUUUGCCUAUAGUGAUCACCCUGAUUGGUCUUAUCGGUAUCAAAGGACUCGGAGCAGGGCUUACGGCUCUUCUUCUCUCAGGAGCAGUGGCCCUAAAAGCUCUCCUUACACCUCCACCUUCAUACCCAGCGAGAGUCAGUUAUGGAAUCGUAAAACCACAUGAUAUCCAUCACGACCAUUGGCACAGAUCCCAAGAAGAAGUGAAUCAGCCCUACAGAGGCUGGCCCGAGUAUCCUGAUCAAUAUCCUUACCAGGAUAUCCCUUAA